UCUCAUGUUCAUUUAUGUUUACCAACAUUACAAGGCUACAUGCGAAGAAAUAGGGUACAAUUUGUUGCGACAGCAUGUAUCAUCAAAAGAUCUGAUUGUGAAUUCUAGUGGACCCAGUGUUAAGGAUGGUCGAUUCGGUAUAGCUUCUAUGAACUGAAACCUUGUUUAUGAUCUCCACUGUGUAUAGGAGAAGUGUCCUCAAUGACGUCAUUGUUCCGCUGUGCGGGUGAUAUUGUGUUUGACCGCACUGCACCCAGGCCGGGCAGCAUCAGUAGCGUGCAGCUGAAACAGUACUCGGAGACAUGCAACUUCCUGCAGUACCUGAAACCCCUCACACCACAGCAGCCAUGUUUCUUCGCACAAAUCAGAGGAAUUGCUCAGAACAGCAAGAUCACCCUGGGCAUUGCUGGUCCAGACAUUGAGGAUAAUGCUCACCCAGGAAACUGGAACAAUUCUGUGGGUUACCAUAGUGACACAGGAAAGUGCUAUACAUCCCAUAAUGGCACAGCUAACACAGAGGGGGAAAAGUUUGGCAUUGGUGAUGAGUUCGGAGUAUUGGUGACAUACUUUGGCUCAACUAUGUCGACAGUAAUGUUUCUCAAGAAUGGCCAACCAGUUGCUACACGGUAUUUGUUUGAGACUGAACACAGCCACUUCUUGCCAACCAUUGCACUGGAGAACGGACCAAUUGACCUUGGUCUCAUGUGGCCAGAGACCCUUCUCAGUGUUCCAGAGUUCACUGAGACCAACAUGCGGCACUGGAUCCGACCAAGUGUUGUUCAGUACAACAUUGUAAACAACAUGUUUGUUGUUGCCAAGGAUGCUGGAGAAACAAACAUCAUACAGAGUCCACGGCCACUGAGAACAGGUCAGCAGCAUUUUGAGGUGAUUGUCCAGGAGACAAGCCCUGAUGGGCGGGGUCCGGGGAUUACCCUGGCCACAUGUAGCCCCCUGAAACCCAGCCCUAUCUGCUCCCUCUCAUCUGACUUCCUCAUGUGGCAGGCUAACGGCAAGAACUGUAAGGUGAUGGUGGGACAGCACAUUGGUUGGGGCGUUCAUUACAAUCCCCUCACACGGGAUCUGCCAGGAUUUGACUGCAGAGCAGAACAACUGGUGUUGUGCUAUGUUUCCAUGGAUACCAGGAUUGGUCAUUACCAGAUGAUGUUGCAACCUGCAGGCGGGUUCUAUCCUGUUGUUGUCUUGUAUAGUGAAGCAUCUAAAGUAACAGUGGAUGUUGAGUCCAAUCCCAUGCCAUCAGUAAAUGACAAGUUAGAUGAAGCAUUUCUCAGACUCUUAGAAGAAGCUAGGCGAACCCUGACAUCUGCUACAAUCAGUUCAGAGAUCAUUUUGUCCAUGUUUCGUAAGUCGGAUGCUCUCCAGGUUUUGAACAUGGAGAAGUACAGUCAGAUCCGUCUGCCAGCUGAGGAGAAGGGCAUUCAUGUCAUACAACUGCAGAAAUCCCUCAACACUGUCAACAGAAGCUAUGUUCUGGAGAUUAGGAGACUCAAUGAGGACUCAAUAGUGUCGUUUGGUGUAGCGGGAUCUGGUUUCCCCCUGAAGAAACUCCCCGGGAAGUGUGCGGCAUCUGUGGGCUGGGUGUCGCGGGAUGGACGUCUAUAUGCAAAUGAAAAGAGUCAAGGCAACAUGCCAGGGGAGAGGUUCUGUGAAGGAGACACAGUUUCAAUGGAAAUAUCAUCUUUUGCCAAGGAAAUGUCUGUGUGUCUGUUCAGUAAAAAUUCCCGUGCCAUUGGCACCCGCUUCUACACAGAAAGGGAAAUGUCAGAGAACCUGCCCACUAUAGCUGUAUGCGGCAAUGGCUAUGAGGUUGAGAUACACGUCUACUGGCAGACACAGAUCCUGUCCAACACCACCUUUAGUGUGACCAAUGCUGACCACUGGUGUUUGCCAAGCGGCUCCAAAGUGGACCAGGCAGCCUGCCAGGUGAACGUCAGGGAUCACAUAUCUCCGGUCGCACUCCAAGCUCCAUACAGUCUCAAUAGAGGGUACAACCAUUUUGAGGUCAAGAUUAUUGACAAAUUUGAUGAUGACUCCCCUCCUCCAGCUCUGGCCUUGUCAACAGCAAGUCCCUUCGAUCCUCCACCUCAGUCCAACUUCAAGCAGGACUUUCUCCGAUUCUGGGCUACAGGAGAAGCCAGAGAUGUGGUGCAGAAGGGGGACCUGGUUGGCUGGGGUCUUUUGUAUCUGGACAACACCCUGGAGGACCAUGAGGAGCAACUGGUCAUCUGCUACUUGACCGUCAACAGGAACAUGGUUCUGACCCGUGUCAUUUACCAGCCCCCGGGGGGCUUCUAUCCCCUAGUUAUCUUGCCACCUGGUGUAAAUCAAGUUCAGCUUGACUUUUCUGCCUCCAUCAUCCAGUCGCACCCUUUCACAAAGCAGGCAGUAGACAUUCUUGUCAAAGAGGCAAAACAACUGAUUGAUCUUGAAAACUCGGUACAAGCAGAUGGCGGGGACUUAGAUGACCUUGACAUCAAAGACCAACUCUUCAAACCUCUCCCCGACAUUCCAGAGGACAUACCCACUGAGAAGUACGUGGAGCCAGGGAAGCAAGAAACAACUCCGGUUGUUCAGCCUGCUUCAGUUUCAAAUCAAGCUCCGCCUCCCCAGAAUUUUCAUCUGGCACCACAAGAUAGAGGAUUUGAUUCUAUCAUCACGCAGGGAAAUGGAAGAGAAAAGGUCAAACGAAGAAAUUCAAAACGGUCACAAAAAGGGGAUGAAGCAAAAUCGAAGAGUUGUACUAUCUUGUGAUCAGGUUUGUCCUUUCUGUACUUAGUUGUGCCAACCAGUUGUCUCUCAGUGGUUGAAGCACAUUUUGUUGUCAGAUAAUAGCUUCUGUGAUGUGACUAUACUGAUGUCUUCUGUAGGUAGGUGUAUGAUAAUUUGGCUAUAUUUUAGAAAUAAUAUUUAAUGGUCAUACUUUCAGUCCUGUCUACAGAAAACUGUUUCAGGUAUAAUACAGAGGAAAUCUACAUUCAGUUGGAAAUCCAUGUAUCAUGCUUCUUUAACUGAGGAAUGAAUGCUGGGCAUUAAACAGUAGCUAAUUUGCAUGGCAGUGUAAAACUGAAAACUUGAACAUGACUGAUAGAUUACGCCUGUAAGAUAGAUUGCUGACUUCAGUUGAAUGAGAUAGUAUCUUGUUAGGUUUACAUAGACAAUUGUGCAGCAUAGAUAAGUACGAAACAGAAAUGUGUUUUAACAAGUCUAAUGUUCACUAAGAGACACGAUUUGAUAAUGUUUAAAUUUUGUUCCCAUGAUACAUUGAAAUGUAAGUAGCAGGCUUUCUGACUAGCUGUUAUGCAUUAUGAAAUUGAGAGACAUUUCAUGCAAUGUUAUUGAUAUGCAAUACAACAUGGCUCACCUCGUAUAUCGUUUGAUAUAUUCUGUGUCAAAGCUUUAUCUGAUCUCUUCAGGGACUGUGUAUCAAAUGUGUGACUGUUGUUUUGCCAUGCUGUACUAUGUUUGGUCUUUUAUGAGACCUCAACUGUUUGUUCAACUGGUCCUCCAUGUUGUGUGAUGCCUGUAGAUCCUGAUAGUUUCUGUUGUAGUAACAAAACUCAUCUUGGCCAUUUAGAAGACUUGUGUUGCUGUAGAAGACCUAUGUUGAUGUCUGGAUCUGUAGUCAGGUUUUAGGCUAUGACUUUAAGUUCUGUCAGAUUAAAAUCAGAUCUUUCACUCUGAUAUGAAACUUCUCUGUAUAAAGAUUUUAUAGAUGUAUAUUUACCUUUCCUUUAUUGGGAAAACUUUGCUUAUGUCUUGAUUUGAUAGUGACAUAUUUUAUAUACAAUGUAUUUGUUAAACAUGAUUGUUUCAGCAUUGUACUGCUGGAGAUCUGAAUUGUAUUAUCAUUGAUCUGAAGUAUUAGUAGAAUAUGUUGCCAAAUUGCCUAAAAUAAUUAGUUGUGUUGGUAGUACAUUUACAAACAACAAUUACAUUGAUAUCUGAUUUUGAGGGGAGAUUUCUAUUACUGAUGUUAUAUUUAAUUAAUUAAUUGAUGUUAUAUUUUUGGAUUGUUUUUAACUGAAUCAAUGGUACAUUGGAC